GGAGCGGCCGGGCAGGGCCGGGAGCAUCCUGCCGCAGUUGCUGGAUGUGGCUGUGGUGAGCUGCGGGCAGCUGCGGCUUCUGCCUCUGCUUCACAUUUAAUUUCCGGAGGUGGAGGUUCGGCUCCGUGUUUAUCACGGACGCAAAACCCGUGCACCCAGGCGGUCACCGAGGUACACCGAGGGCUGGCCGGCGGGAGCGGUGGGCUGUGCCGGUCGGGCUGGCUUGCUGGGCUACGGUGCUGGCAGCGCAGUCUGCUGACUGUCUCCUAAUAGCUUUUUUGGUCACAAUAAACAUCAAUAUGCUGUAUAAGCCGAUUUCUUCACCUUGAUGUAUUAACGCAAACAUGCUUUCUAAGUUUAAUUGCUGUUGUACUUCAGAAGGAACAGCGACUUUCACAGCUGACCAGUUUUGAAUAAUAUUCACGCACGUUUGAGGCCAGCCUAAUGUAGCAAAAGAAUUAAUUUGAAGAGCUGCUUCAUUGUCUGUCUCUUUUCAACAGCGCUGAUGACAAGUCACAGAGAACCAACAAAAGCAGAUGGCUGGAGGUGGCUCUUGUUGCUUUGGGGAGCAAUCCAUUGAAUAGCGAGAGAUUAGAAGAUAAUUGCAUUAACAGAAAACACAAAAAAUUACUUUGUGCUAAAGCAUGUUAAAAUGUAAUUUUGGACAAGUUUGAAAAACUAUUUUUUUAAGCAUUUUUAAAUAUGCUAUACUUACUUGAUCCUGAAAGUUCACAUUUUCCAAGUAGAGGUACAAAGUUCCAAGAACAGCAAUCAGAUACACGAACAAGGUCAUAAGGUACCAGCACAGGCGUGUCUGAGAUAUAUAUAAUGUCUGGGCAGAACAUUUCGGGAGGCGGGGGACGAAGACUGUACUGCAUCUUGUGUGACAUGUCAAAGGUGUGUUAAGUGUAAUGUUUUGACCUAAUGCAUAAUAGCAGCAGUUAAUUUGAAGGCUGCCUAAGUUUUAAAACCUGUUACCAACAUAUUGACUGAAUCUUUUUGGUCAUUAUGGGGAUUUUCAGAAAGGUUAUAUACAUUUCUACAGAGCAUGUCUCACAAGGAUUUAAAUUUCAAGAUGCAAGAAUACUAAUAUCAAUCUCCUGAGGAACGUGAAUUAGUACUGAAUAACUGGGGUUUUUUGUUAGUGUUGCAGUGAAUGUUGUUUCCCCUGAACCCCUCCAUCUUUUGUUAAAUUACAUGUCAAGACCACUUAAAAUUUAUUUUAGUCUUGCUGUGCAUACCAUUUCUUCAGGAGUAUGGUGGCUGUCAGUACUUAGGUUGAUGCUCUCUAAAAGCCGUACACAGUGUCAUGACUUGGUCCCAAACAGGCCAGGAGCAGCGCAACAUCUGUGAAACCCGCACCCACUGGACUUCAGGAAUAACUCUUUAAACACAAUUGCAACUUAAAAAUUCUUUUCUCCUGGGGACUUGUCUGAUUUUAGAGUGAUUUUAUGGUUUUUUAAGGGUGUUUUUGGGGAGUGUCUGGCUUUUUGUGACUUUCUGUAACUUUUCAGAGAGCUCAGAGAUGAGCGUAAUGAGAUCAGUGUGGUAUUCUUCAUUUCUUCUGACUCAGCAGACUAAUCCUGUAGUAUAUAAAGAACUUGCAAAUCCAGGAUUUUCUGUCCAGCUAAAUGAUAGACGAGAAAUGUUAAUUCACGGUUUCUGGGAUGCUGCACCAAUAUGUUGAAGUAAGGCGAAGCACCAGAAUGAAAGACAUGGACAAUAUCAAAACUGUAAAGAAAGAAUGGAUGUGUAAAUCAGGAACCGAUGAUCAGAUUUUGAAUGGUACAGAGCAAAACUGUGACUACUUUGUAGAUAACCUUUUUGAAGAAGCUCAGAAGGUUGGUGCUAUAUGUAUGCCCCCAACUACAGUCAAGAACCAGGUUGAUGUAAUCAUUAAACUUUGGAAAAAUGGGUUUACAGUAAAUGAUGGUGAACUUAGGAGCUACAGCGACGCUGCAAACCAGCAGUUCUUGGACUCCAUUAAAAAAGGGGAUCUGCCUUUUGAGCUACGAAAAGCUUUUGAUAAAGAGGAGAUAGACGUGAAAGUGGAAGAUAAAAAGGAUAAGGUGUAUUUGUUAUCAAAAAAGCCAAUGUUUCAACCCUUUUCUGGACACGGUUACAGAUUAGGAAGUGCUACUCCAAGGAUAAUCUCUAAAGUAAGAGAUGAUCAUGAAGGACCUGACAACAAAAGACACCUGCCUUUAGUGCCCUUAAAUGAUACGGAGCCUAUCACUAAUGUCCAGAUCUGGUUAGCUGAUGGGGAAAGGAUAAUUCAAAAGUUUAAUGUUUCUCACAGAAUAAGCCAUGUCAGAGACUUCAUAACAAAGUAUCAAGGAUCAGAAGGAGGUGUUCCCUUCACACUGACGACUUCACUGCCGUUUCGGGAGCUGCAAGAUGAGACGCUCACACUAGGGGAAGCAAAGUUGCAAAAUGCUGUUGUUGUUCAGAGACUUCAGAAAACAACUGAACCUUUCAGACUCCUAGUGAUAAAAGCACCUGACAAUGACUAUAAAACUGCUGCUACACCUAAUGGACAGCUCAAGAAUGAGCAAAAAAAUGCUAUCAAAAGUACAAGAUCAAAUUAGCUUUUAACUGGCCAAAAACUGCAUACACAUGGAACUAGACAAAACCAAAAAUCUAACCAGCAAUAUGUGGAUGCACUCUCAUCCUUACAUACUGUGCUCUUAGAGCAAAAUAUGUGCUAUCGUCUGGUAUGAUAGAAGUAUUUUCAACUAAAUCUGAUGGUCAGAUCCUGGUUAUAUAAUGUAGCAGAGAUAACUGUACAACAGGUCAUCCUUAGAAUUUCCCUAAGUAGAAAGCUUCUUAGUUCUUUAAUGAGUGUAUUUAGGCAGAACAGUUCUCUGAGACUUAAUUACUACUGAUAGCACCUUUUAAGGGAAAAUAUUAUUUAGUUUUGCACUUUGGACUAAAGUGAAACUGAACUGAUUGGUUUCACUUACAUUUCAGUGUAAGCUGCUGUAGUUUGCAUUCUUCUCACAGUAACUUUUAGGCAACAGAUGCUGCAGGGAAGCUCGCAUUUGAACUCUAAUAACUUGAAAAUCUUCAAUAUCCGUAUCUUCAGGUUUUAACUUUUAUCACAAGAUCUGCAGGGUGGUGUUCUAUCAAGUCUUCACAUAGUGGUAGGGGCAUGUGUGAGAAGAUAGAAAUGAGGUAGUCUGGUGCAUACUGUAUGAAGUGCCUCUAAGUAAGCUCUUUGUUACUUGUUAUUACCAAUGGUUGAAGUGGUUUCUGCCUCUCUUGUGCUGCUACGAGUGUCUUACAGAUAGGGUGAUGUUAAACUACCUAGCUCAUUAGGAUAGAGAUCCACUUUUAGCCUCGUCACACAAACACUUCAGCUUCUCUGGAGCCUACCAUACAGGAAUAGGGGCUUAGAGGGACACAGUUGUUUUUGUACUAUAUAUCUGCAUCUGUCCUGAACUGGCCAGCUGAUUGAGACGCUAACUGCAUGUGGCCAAAUUUUGAAGGUGUUGAAAAUCCUUAUUUGAAAACUGAGGUUACCACAUCCCCCUCUACCCCAUUUCCAUCCAGAUCUUUUAUUUUGCUACUCAUGUACUUGAGGCGUAAAAUUUGUAGCUGUCUAUUCCAUGUUUUGCUAGAGGAGACAUCAGCAUAAAGACUAAAUAUUUUGUACUGUG